AUGGUUCCUUGGCAUUUGCUGCACUGCGCUGCCUACUUCGGACAUGCAGACUCCGUGGCAUCACUGGUGCGCCGCAAAGCCAAGCUAGAGGUGAAGACGACAUUCGGUUUGACACCGCUGCAUCAAGCAGCACGGAAUGGCCAUGCACAUGUGUGCGAGAUGCUGCUGGAUCUGAAGGCCAACAUCAACGCCGUGACUCGUGACUCGCGUUCAGCAAUGCAGAACGCGGCGCACCAGGGACAUCGAGAAGUUGUUGAACUCCUGGCGGCACGCCGGGCAGACAUCAACCACAAAGACCAAAAUGGGAUUACGGCACUGCAUUCCUCAUCUGUUGCGGGCUAUGACGACAUCGUGAAGGUCGGUUGA